AUGCUACAUUCAGUUCCGAGGAGAUGCUCAAUUUGUCCGAAAUCAGCUGUUGGUAUCAAUUAUGGGGCUCUGAGUUGCGACCCAUGUAAAAUGUUCUACCGGAGAACAGUGGUGCUAGACCUUGUUUACCGUUGCACUCGUGAGAAAAAGUGUUUUGAAAAUCUUAAGGAAAACUCUCGCCGGCCACAUUGCAAGUUUUGCCGAUUCCAUAAAUGUAUUGAAGUUGGCAUGUUCAUCAAGCCAUCAACUCUAAUGUCUCCAAAACUUUGGGAAAAGAAUACAGUCAGCACAGCCCUCAAACAACUUCACUAUUUGAAUACGAAAAGGACUACACUGCAGAUGUCAAAGUGUUCUUAUGGGAACCCAAAAUUGGAAGACAUGGUGAGAAGGGAAAAUACUGCAUUAGUGUCACAGGAUCCAAACCAACCACUCAAAGAGAAUGAUUGGAGAUUUAUUGAUAUAAUCACAACCAUCGAAUUUCUUCUCAACUUGGAUUUCAUGGAAGAAUUGGACAUUACGGAUCAGAUGGUUCUCCUUCGUGCAUUUGCUUCAAAGGCAAUCCUACUAUUUACUGCUUUUAGUUCGAUGAUGAAAGAUUAUGGUCAACUGGUGACUCCAGGGGGCCAUGAAAUUGUUUCGGAAGCUUUAAUAGAAAAGUUAGAAAUAACUCAAGAAAUGGCAAAUUCGAUCAAAAGUCGGAUGAUCGGGGGUCUUUCCGAAUUGUCCGUUACUGAAGAUGAACUAUUGUUGAUUAUUGUUAUUUUCUUCCUUGAUCCAGUCAUUACGGUACCUCAGCCUUUAUCAAGUAUGGCUGUAACAUAUGUGGCGAGCAAACGACAAAUGUACUCUCAAUUCCUCUUGGAGCAUUGUCAAAUGAUGCAACAAGAUGGGUGGCAGAAGAGAUUGCCAGAACUAUAUGUAUUGUGCCACACACUUAACCGGAAUAUGCGAGAAAUAGACAAGCUCAACAUUUUGGCCAAGCUGAAGUAUCCCACAUCGAUUUGCAAGAAAUUAUAUGAUGAUAUCACAAUGCAUCGCUGUUGA